UUUAUUUGGUUUAAACCAAUUCACACCUUACGUUGUUUUCACAUUUCUUUUUGUUUUAAAAUUAAGAAAAAUGAAAAAAAAAACAAAUCACAUAAGAGUUGAGUAUUUAUUUUGUUUUGGGUAGCUAAUGUAAUGGAUCUAAUUUAAACCUAAACUAAAUAGUUGGGUAUAGGUACGACCCACAAGUGAUAUUAGUCAAACUUGAUUUGACUCGUAAUAUAUUGAGUUUGGAGAAUACGCAAAUUGUGGGUUCAUUUUGUCAUUUCUAACGAUACCUUCGAUACUUCUUGGAGUUGGAAGGUUCCAGGACAAUUCACUACAUAUUUUGCAACUCGAUCUUCUGUUCUUCGUUUCCUUCACAACACAUCCUUUUUGGUUGCUUGGUAGCAAUUAUGUAAUGUUUACAAUAAUACACGGUAGAACUGAUUUUUUCCUCUUCUAAAUUUGGCUUAGAAUGGAAGGCAAGUAAGCUACGUAUUUGUAUGUGGUCAAGGCCAAGAGAUAAGACAGAGAUCUUGUGCGAGCUCCACCACAAAUCAUAUACAAAAAUCUUUUUUUUUUUAAAACGUGAUAGUGUAAGGAAUUGUGUUUUUUAUUAUUAUUAUUUAUUUAUGUGAUGGAUUAAUAAAAAAUAAGUAAAAUAUUAUAUAAUUGGGAACUAAAUAUAAAAAAAAAAAUUGAAACUUUGCAAUGGAUUCAAGAUGAGUAACAAAACAAACAGAUGAGUACAAAACUGCAAAUCUAACCCCAGAGAGGCGAAAAUACUCCCACCUACUUCACUCCUUCCUUUUCUCUUCUCUCUAUUUCCCUUUGAGUGUCUUCCUUCGCUCGCCUACUCUCACCAUUUGGAUUGCUUUCACCAUUUCUUCAGGUAGUUACUCUAGCUGGCUUACUGGUUCAUCGGUGUAAAAGACCUACUGUAUGUUGCAGCUCAAUUGUUCGAUGAAAAUCAUUAGUUUGACUUCUUUUUACUCUAUAAAGUUAAGUUCUUUGGAGCAUGGAAAGGAAAUGGUUUUGGAACCACUGAUAUGCUUAACUUCCUCUCUUGGGUGCUAACGUUUGGAAGCUUAUUCAGUUUGAAUAGAGUGGGUAUUUGGGUAUUAUUCAGCAGAGGUCUAUAUGCUGCAGAAAGGUGGUACAGUUUUCGUCAGCUUGUUUGAUCAUUCCUACUUCUGUUAGUUUCUCAUCUAGUGGUAGAACUCUGAGCUGUUUGUCCAAUCAAGUAAAAAAAGAAGAAGAAAGUUUGAAUCUUUUGGUCUUGAGGUCUAGCAUCAGCUACAAAUAGCUAAUAGAACUGUUAACAUCAGGAAUCGGAUAGCCUUGUUUCAUCCGUUUCGGAUUGAUAAUCGGGUGAUCCCCGGCUGUUUCUUUGUUGAUUGUUUUCAGACCAAACAAUGGCAAGCGAACCAGUUAACGUUAGCGAGUUUGAAGCAUUGGCUAAGAAAGCCCUUCCCAAAAUGUACUUCGACUUCUAUGCUGGGGGAGCUGAGGACGAGUACACUCUCAAAGACAACGAGGAGGCUUAUCAGCGAAUCACGAUUCGUCCAAGAGUUUUGGUGGAUGUGAGCAGAAUAGAUACUAGUACUAGCAUACUAGGUUAUCCUAUCUCGUCGCCUAUUAUGGUAGCGCCAAGUGCUCUUCACAAGCUCGCAAACCCUGAAGGUGAACUAGCCACAGCUAGAGCGUCGGCUGCAUCUAACACCAUCAUGAUUCUGUCAUUUUCUUCCAGUUACAAUGUGGAGGAAGUUGCUGCUAGUUGCGAUGCAGUUCGUUUCUUCCAACUAUAUGUGUAUAGAGGACGACACAUAGCAGCCAACUUGGUGGAGAGAGCUGAAAGGAGUGGAUAUAAGGCGAUUGUGUUGACAGUUGACUGUCCAAGACUCGGUCGUAGGGAGGCGGACAUUAGGAACAGAAUGAUUGUGCCAAAGCUGAAGAAUGUUGAAGGCUUUGUAUCGAAUGACGUUGAUGCUGGUGGCGGCUCGAACUUGGAAGCUUAUGCGAAUUCAACGUUCGAUCCUACUUUAAGUUGGAAGGAUGUGGCAUGGCUGAAGUCCAUCACAAGCUUGCCUAUUCUGCUCAAGGGAAUACUCACUCAUGAAGAUGCUCUAAAGGCCGUGGAAGUAGGUGCUGCAGGGGUUGUUGUCUCUAAUCAUGGAGCUCGGCAGCUAGACUACAGUCCCGCCACGAUCACUGUUGUGGAAGAGGUGGUUCGUGCUGUCAAAGGGAAGAUUCCAGUAAUUGUUGAUGGAGGAGUGAGGAGAGGAACAGACGUGUUCAAGGCAUUGGCAUUGGGUGCACAAGCAGUCCUGGUUGGAAGGCCAAUCAUAUAUGGGUUGGCUGCAAAGGGAGAGCAAGGGGUGAAGCAAGUGAUUCAAAUGCUGAAGGACGAGUUUGAGCUGACAAUGGCGCUUGCAGGAUGCACGAGUUUGAAGGAUAUCACAAGGAAGCAUGUGAGGACUGAGCGCGACAGAUUUCAAUCAAUGCUCUAAUUGCAUACUACAGAGACCAGAGGUCUUCAUUAUCCAUCAUGUUCUUUUGUUGUGAUUCAUAAGAAAGUUGAGGCUGUUGGCUUUCUGCCAUCAUUCUAGUUCUUUCUGAUUGAUAAUAGUUGGCCUUAACUAUUAUGGCACAAUUUUGUCGAUGAUCAAUAAUUUCUUUUUGGAUAUGUGAACCAAUAGUAGCAAACUAUUCGUUCUCGUAAUAUUUAUGUCGUGCCGUCUAUAUAAGCACCAACUAGAUCCUAAUUCAUCGUAUUUGUGUUACAGUAUCAUAUUCCAAACUCGGGUUUGCACUGAAUUUCAUCCAUCGUGGAAAAAGUAUAAUAGCUCCUUCAGCUUAAAUUGAGCCAAGAUAACUUCGA